GCGGGCCCUGGCGCUGUUCGGCGGGAUGUGGGAAGCGAAGCUGGAGCCCGACGUCAUCAGCUACAGCGGAGAUGCGUGAGGCGAAAUUGGAGCCCGACGCAUCAGCUAUAAUGCUGGGAUCAGUGCGUGCGAGAAGGGCGAGCAGUGGCAGCGGGCUUGUGCGCUGCUCGGCGGGAUGUGGGAGGCGAAGCUGGAACCCAAAGUCAUCAGCUACAGCGCUGGGAUCAGCGCGUGCGAGAAGGGGAAGCAGUGGCCGCGGGCCCUGGCGCUGCUCAGCGAGAUGUGGGAGGUGAAGUUGAAGCCCAACAUCAUCAGCUACAAUGCUGCGAUUAGCGCGUGCGAGAAGGGCGAGCAGUGGCAGCGGGCUCUGGCGCUGCUAAGCGAGACUUGGGAGGCCAAGCUGAAGCCCGACGUCAUCAGCUACAGCGGUGGGCAGUGGCAGCGGGCUUUGGCUCUGCUUAGCGGCAUGCGUGAGGUGAAAGUAGAGCCCAACGUCAUCAGCCACAACGCUUGGAUCAGCGCGUGCGAGAAGGGCGGCUACAAUGCUGGCAUCAGCGCGUGCGAGAAGGGCGCGCAGUGGCAGCCGGCUUUGUCGCUGCUCAGCGACAUGCGUGCGGCGAAACUAGAGCCCACUUCAGCUACAACGCUGGAAUCAGCGCGUGCGAAAAGAGCGAUCAAUGGCAGCGGGCGCUGGCGCUGCUUAGGGAGAUGCGUGAGGCGAAAUUGGAGCCCGACGAAGUCAGCUACACUGCUGGGAUCAGUGCGUGCGGGAAGGGCGAGCAGUGGCAGCGGGCUCUGGCGCUGCUCAGCGAGAAUUUCGCGACGAAGCUGGAGCCCAACGACUUCAGCUACAGCGCUGGGAUUAGCGCGUGUGGGAAGGGCGGACAAUGGCAGAGGGCGCUAGCGCUGCUCAGCGAGAUGUGCAAGGCGGAGCUAGAGCCCAGCGUCAUCAGCUGCAGCGCUGGAAUCAGCGCGUGCGAAAAGAGCGGGCAAUGGCAGCGGGCUUUGGCGCUGUUUGGGGAGAUGCGUGAGGCGAAAUUGGAGCCCAACGAAUCAGCUACAGCGCUGGAAUCAGCGCGUGCGAGAAAAGCGAGCAAUGGCAGCGGGCUUUGGCGCUGCUUAGGGAGAUGCAUGAGGCGAAAUUGGAGCCCAACGAAGUCAGCUACAAUGCUGGCAUCAGCGCGUGCGGGAAGGGCGAGCAGUGGCAGCGGGCUUGCACGCUGUUCAGCCAGAUUUGUGAGGUGGAUCUGGAGCCCAACGCCAUCAGCUACUUCGCUGGUAUCAGCGCGUGUGAGAGGGCCAGGCAGUGGCAGCAGGCGUUGGCGCUGCUCAGCGAGAUGGGAAAGGUGAAGGUGGAUCCGAACGGAGCCUGCUGCAGUGUUGUCAUCGGCCUCCUGCUGCGUCGUAAGCUCCAACCCUGAGACCACCGCGUGUGAGAGAAUUUGGCAAGAUUGUCCUGUCGCCUGUCAGCGUGUCAGCGAGAUGCAGGAGCGAAGAUGGGACCCCGACGACAUCAGUACGCUGCGGAGGCCAGCUGGUCCGAUGCGGUGAGCAGUGGCUGUGACGUUUGGCGGUAUUCAGCGGGAUGUGCCAGGCGAAUCUGCAGCCCAACGCCAUCGACAUUGACCAACUCCGUCGGCAGAGCGUGUGAGGCGGCCGGGCAGCUGGCAAACGUCAGAAGCGCUGCUUUGCUCAAGGACAUCGGGAAAGUGAAGUUGGAGAUGGACGACAUCAACCACAAUGUUGGCGUCAAAGCGCGAAGGGUGGGCAGUCGCUGGAAACGCCGUUGAUGACCAGGCCAGCCGAGGAAGUGAUGAGGGUGAGCGGGCGCAGCGCAGCGGCUGUGCAUAUUCCUCAUCCUUCUCCCAUUCUCCUCCUCCUCCUCCUUCUCCUCCUCCUCCUAGGGUUUUUUGAAAGAGGAAAGAACUCGCUGGACCAUCUGAACCCAAUGGGUUGGUGAUAAAUUUCUCAUAGCAUGUGUUCACUGGACUUCCCUGUGACAGACUGUCCGUCCUCAUUGUGUUCGCU